AUGCGGUAUCAUGUACUCAUUAUUGGCCUUGCGCGGGAUGGUUUCGGAGUGCAAUCGUUCUUUCUGGGGUCUGAGGAGCAACGACGGAAGAUGGACGAAUCUGCCAACGCGAUGAGCCUCGCAUCCGCUCGAGAGAUUUCGGCUCUAGCACGGAUUCAUCGUCAGGAAUACGGGAUGGAGCGCGCUCAUCAGUUUGCUACCUAUGCGAUGAUGCUUGCGCUCUUCACCAUGCUCGACGACCCUUCCUUUGACGUCCUCGACCACGACUUCUUAUCGCUCACGAGUGCAUUCUCCAUCACAGCCAGUCGGUCCCAAGUGGGUCGCCAUCUAUUCCACAUAUUCCGCGAGUCCGUCCGAUCUCGAAACCAAGAGGAGCGGGUCCUGCAGUCGGACGCGGUCUCCGACGAGGUUAAGGAGCUCUUUGGACGCCACCCUUCGUCCCAGUUACCGGAUCGAUGGGGCAACUAUGCCGACGGGCUCGAACGGUAUCGGGGAAGCUUCUCGAGUGGGUCAUGGAACUACACGGCCUCAGGCGUGCGUGACAUGCUUGAAAAGUACGAACGUCUGAGUCUGGGGAACCACAACAAUACCCACCCGCGUCGGGCGUCCUCCCCGAACGACGGGUGGGAGACCUGA